CGUGACCAGGCUACCACACCUGACUUCCAACUUGCAUCCUCCUGUAUCAGGCGCUAGGCCAACUACAACCUCAUGAAGCCUGGUGCUGCCUCCAAGCAAAAAAAUGAAGGAGGCAUGUUUCUAUGUUUUUCAACUUCAACGAAAAAUCCCGGAACGGGCGGCAUGUUCAAGUCAUCGCUGCUGUUCACGAGUGCGAGAGUGAUUGGGGCUGAUGAGGGCGGGGACACAUGCUCAUGUUUCACAAUACCUGGCGGUAAUAAUGCUGAUACGAUACGAGCAGCACAAUCCUCCAUACCUGGGGGAGAUACGGUUGAGGCCAGAAACAUCGAUGCUGAAUCACUCGGUGACAGCGUGUCCGGCAUUGUCGGCGCCAAAAGCGCACCCUCAGUCGCCGAGGGCAAAAAAAGUGACGGACAAGUGGAGUUUGGAAGUUGUCCUGUUCGUGGUCAAGAGGUUUUUGCCGUCGCUGUUCCUACUACUCGGUACUCGCUUGUACCUCAGGUCCAAGAACUUUACACAGUCAUGGCCCACCAGUUUCACCUAUAUGACCCCCCUGUAGCAUGUCGAGCUGCUGCAGAUGCCGAGCGAGAAAUACAGCGCUUCUUGAUGCUACGGCUAAACGCACAGCUGAUAUCGAAUGCCAUAAACUCGGAUGAGCUCAUUGCAGCAGAGAAGUUCGGAGUCGACGAACUUGCUUAGCUGCUAGAGUCAACCUAUCCUACUUCUCUGUGUCGCGCGCCACGAAGCGCACUUCAAAUAACUUCGUUGACUCAUCGAAGUCUACUGAAGUGUCUCAAAUUUCCACUUCAAUUCGCUUCAGUUAUUCGCGGCAGCGCUAGCUGCACGUACCUUGCUUCUGGGAGCUUUGAGGAGC